AGUGCCAGGCAGCAGUGGAGUUUCCUGUUGACACCGGAAUAUUGUGAAUGGGCAGGAAAAGCAAACGCGACCUUCUUUCAUUUUCCUUUAACUUUCCCUUCCCUCCCAACCUGGUUGUGUGGGUGCGCCUCUCUCUCCUCCCAACCUGCGUCCGGCUGAGCCUUGCAGGGGAAGGGAGGAGAGGAAAAGGCCCAAAGAGGAUCCUCCACGCCUAGGCUUAAACUUCAGAGAAGCGGGAGGCGGAGUGAAAAGGAGCGAGAUUUGCAGGGAGUUGCCGGGGCAGAGGAGAGGUGCAGGUGCAGAGUGGGGCGGCUCGGAAGGGCUGCUCACUCCCUGAGCGAGACAAAGAACCCCCCGGUCGCGCGCUCGGGCAUGGGGGCGCCUGCUUUCUAAAUGCCCCCUCCUGCUCCCCUCGCUGAUGGCUGAAGCCUGGAGGCUGGAGGACGAGGAAGAGGAGCUGAGGGAGUUCGGCAGAAGGCACAGAAGGGGGAACCUGAACUCUGCAGCAGAUCGCUCUGAAAGAAAUAAACCAGACUGCCGUUCCUCAGGCCAAGGACCCCUGUCAUCCAUUAGAGCAGCAAUCAAGAGAACUUCUCGGACUUCUUCUCAUACCGAAAAUCAGAGAGAGAGAAGACGUCCUGAGAUUACAAUAGUUGCUGCUGAGCCUCUCAGACCAUCCUCCUGGUUUCCAGGUGGAAAUAUCACUCCACAAGGAUUAGGAUUCCCUCCUCCUUCCCAGACUAACUGGAGGACAAAUGAGCUUGUUCCAGCUGAGCUUCCACCAUCUUAUGAGCAGGUGAUAAAAGAAAUUAACCAAGUGCAAGUCAAUACAACAAAUAACAAUAAUGCUGCUGCUUCUAGAUGCACUGCUACGUGUGCAACACAGACUGACUUUCCAGAGGAAAUAAUCAGCCAUUUGCCAAGAAGUAAUGUAAAAAGCAACCUACCUACUCUCUGUGAAUCUGAAAUUGUUCCAGUGCAACGUCCUCUCAAACCUCCCAGACCUCUCUUAAAUAGCAAUCCUUCAGAAAAUGAGGCUCCCUUAGUUGUCUCUGAAGCGUCUGAAGAAUGGAAGUGCCAAGAAAAUCCCAGUAAUGUGACAGGUCCACUGCCAAAACCAAGAUCAAAAGGCAAUCUCAAACCUGUGGUCAGAGAUAGUCAAAGCAAAUCACAAGACAAUCAGGAAGAAGUGAGCCAGCCUCGAGCUGAAAGGGAGCCAUCUCCAAGUCAGCCAGUGUCCCUCUUAGAUAAUAGCUUAUUGGACAGUCACAUGGUGAUGAACAGUAUGAAUACAGAAAAAAGCCAAAAUAGUAUUGGUUCAAGGAUCAAAGCUUUUGAAUCCCAAGCAAAUUCUGAUAUCUCAGGAUUAUCAAAGAAACCAGAAAUUGCUCCACGGUCAUUUGUCCCAAGAGCAACUGUUUCUGCAAAGAAGCCAAUAAUAGCUCCAAAACCAGAGCUAGGGGCCAGGAGAGCUUCGGGAGAGUUAGGUUCAUGGACAGAAAAUACACAAAAAGCUACAUCCAGGAAAUGGCACCCUCAACCUCAAGAAGCUGGGAGUAAUGUCAUAACCAAACCUGAAUUGCCAAAGAAACCAAAACCUGGCCUUGUAAAAAGUACUAGUAAUGAUUUGCUUGAUGCAAGGAAUGGGUCAGCUUCAGAGAACAAUGAUGGACAGAAGAAAUUCCCAGUUCCUGCUCCAAGGCCACUCAUUCCCAAAAAGUCUCUUUCUGUAGAAAGUCCUGCCCCUCAUUCGACCUUACUAAAACCAAUCAUCACUGCUCCCAGUCUCUCGGUAGCUUCGCAAGCAACAGCUUUCAAGUCCCUGAGAGAGUCAUCAACUCCAACCAACCUCUCAACAUGUCCUUUGCAAAGUAAACCAGUUGAGGAAGGAGAUCUUAUCAGUUUUGAUGAUGACAUUUUGCCCGCUAGUUCAGUUAGUGCAGUUCAAGAAUGUACCAGUUCUGAAGCAGAUCCCUUUCAAUUCCCCUCCAAAAAUGAGCCUGCAAAGGAACAGACAGUUCAACCAGCUAUAGCACGAAAGCCUACUGUGAUCAGAAUCCCAUCUAAACCAGGGAAAUCUUUAAAUGAAGUUCCACAUAUCCCUCCACCUCUUCCUGCCGAAAAACCAAUUGGGAACACCUCUGGGAUUGUUGCUGGAAAGCCUAGUAAUGCCAAACAAACAAGAAAAGGGGAAUCUGAACAUUCAGAUCCAACAGGCACUUCUUGGACAGAGCCUGUGCUGCCCCCUAGGCCCGUGGAUGGAAAAAUUGUACCAGCUAGACUGCCUCCACCUAAAGGCAUUCCUGGAAGGCCACCUCCACCAAAACACUUUGGAACCAAGACCUCUUCCCAAAAGGACCAUUUUUGCCGAUCCUCGUCUGACCUGACACUCCAUAAAAGACAUGACAUGUUUGGAAUGGGAGUCAAGAGAGCAAAGAGUCAAGUUUUAAAAAAUCAAGACCCAGCAUUACCACCUCGACCUAAACCAGGGCACACUCUCUACAAUAAAUAUAUGCUGCCUGUGCCUCAUGGAAUUGCCAAGGAAGAUUUCUCUCCUAGAAACCCUGGAGAACUCGGCUGCAAGCAUGGGGAUGUUCUUGUGCUGCUGGAGCAGAUCGACAGCAAUUACUUCAAGUGCCAAAAGGGAGGGGAAACCGGCAAAGUGCACUUGUCUCAUAUGAAGAUAAUCACCCGCCUAGAUGAGCGUCUGAAAAGCAAGCAAAAGGAUUCAAACAAUAUUCAGAGGGUUUCUGACAAAAGUGCUCCUCAUGCUGUAGUGCUGCAUGAUUUUCCAGCAGAGCAUGCUGAUGAUUUGGACCUCCAUUCUGGAGAGACUGUUUAUCUUCUGGAGAAAAUAGAUAAUGAGUGGUACAGAGGAAAACUCGGGAAUCGCACAGGGAUAUUUCCUGCCAACUUCGUUAAAGUGAUUAUUGAUGUUCCAGAGGAAGAGAACAGGAAAAAAGUAUUGUUUUCAUCACCAUGUAUUAAGGGCCCGAGAUGCGUAGCUCGGUUUGAAUAUAUCGGAGACCAGAAAGAUGAAUUAAGUUUUUCAGAAGGUGAAAUUAUUCUUCUUAAGGAAUAUGUAAAUGAAGAAUGGGCCAGUGGAGAGCUGAAAGGCACAUCUGGAAUUUUCCCCUUGAACUUUGUGGAAAUUAUUGAAGAUCUGCCUGGAUUAGGUGUAAGAGCACCACUGAAGAACAAGACGGAGAGUUCUGCUUGUCUUUCUCAGACUGAUAGACAUUCUGGAGAGUGGUGUGAAGCACUUCAUGAUUUUACAGCAGAAACCAAUGAAGAUUUAUCCUUUAAAAAGGGAGACUACAUCCAGAUAUUGGAGCAUGUGGACUCAGAGUGGUGCAGAGGGAGACUGAAUGAUAGCGAAGGCAUUUUCCCGGCAGUUUUUGUUCAGACCUGCUCCGCUGGAGUAAAGACAGCACAGUCUCCAGGAUGCAGGAAAGGAAAAGCCAAGGCUUUAUAUGACUUCCAGGGAGAGAAUGAGGAUGAGCUCUCCUUCAAGGCAGGUGAUAUAAUAACAGAGUUGGAACCUGUAGAUGAAGACUGGAUGAGUGGAGAAGUACAAGGCAAAUCUGGAAUAUUUCCCAAGAACUUUGUUCAAGUUCUAUAGGCAUCAUAAGGAUGGAGCCCAGUUCUGCUCACUAGGCAUAUGGAAGCAAAUGCUUAUCUAGCACAAAGGCACAUUAUACUUUAGCAAACAAAGAACUACCAUCUUUUUUGUCACUUGAGUUAUUACUUUGACUAUCAAAUAUGAUUUGCACUAUAUUCUCGAGAAAGAGAACCACAUCAUAGAUAAUAAUUUCCUGAAACACCAACAUUUGCCGUGACAACAAAACUUAGUCAUACUUUGUGAAUGUUCCACAUAAGCUGACAAACAGAAUUUCCACAGGAUUUUUAAUAGUUUCCAGCUAGGGAAAUUAAAUGUGGUACAAUAUCUUACAAAUUAAGUGAACUGCAUUCUAGUAGUUGACCUGAUCUGGUAUUCAUUUAUCCUGCACACAAGCAUAAAUUAAGAUUGUUUAAUAGGCUUUUUAGAAAUGCAUUUAUUUUGCAGAUUUAAGUAUUAUAUUAAAUAUGUAUACCACAUUUUUUAUUUUCAGAUUUCACUACUGCUUGAGUUAAUAUCCUCAUUAGCAAUAAAAAGCAGUUUUAGGAUUGAGAGGAUAAA